UGAUUUUGCAUUUCCAGGGAAGAAACCUGAGUGUAAACAACGCAGGUCUCUCUCCUGCCAGCAGUAACAUGCUGCUGUGUAUUUCUUUGCACAGCUGAGAAAUACACAGCAGCAUGUUUCUCAAGUACAGCACACAGAGACAGCACAUGGUGUAAAAACAGCACACGGUUAACCCUUUGAUUGCCCUAGAUGUUAACCCCUUUCUGCUCAGUGUCAUUAGUACAGUGUCAGUGCUUUUUAUUAGCACUGAUCACUGUAUUCGUGUCAUUGGGAUGUCAGUGGCAGUUAGUUCCCCCCCCCCAGUGUCAGAAUGCUCUCUGCAGUCCCGCUGUA